GCGCUGGAGCCAAUCAGCGGACGGGGAGGGUGAGGGACAAGAUGGCGUCUGGAGAGAGAGAUGACCCACACUCUGAGCUGGACAUUCUUCGUUCAAUCUAUCUCGACGAGGUACAAAUCGACCACGAUGCAAACGGGGAGCACCCAUGGGUGCUCAGUAUCACCCUCCACCCGUCCACAGCUCACGUCACAGAGUCCCAGUUUGUGCGCCUCACCCUCCACCUCUGUCUAACAGAGCAGUAUCCAGAUGCUGUUCCCACCAUCUCUAUCCGAAAUUCUCGAGGACUCUCGGAUGAACAGAUUCAGAGAAUACAAAAGGAACUUGAGGAAGAGGCAGUGAAGAGGAGAGGAGAGCAAGUGUUGUACCAACUCAUUGAGAAAGCGAAGGACAUUCUCACAAACAGUAACAUCCCUUUUGGACACUGUGUGAUCUGUCUAAAUAGUUUUCUGGAGAGUGAAUCUUUCACACGUACACCCUGCUUCCACCACUUCCACACCUAUUGCCUGGCCUCUUACCUUCGGCACGGCGACACUCACCACGAGACCACCGUGACUGGUACGCCCUCCCCCCACAAAGAGCCCCGGGCCCCCACGACCGCUGCCCUUUGCCCUGUGUGCCGUGAACCUCUGACCUAUGACCUUGGGCGGCUGUCGACCGCUGUUGACCCCGACCGCCCUUUGGAACCUUAUAAUCCCAGCGAGGGGUGGCUGCAGAGAUGGACUGAACUGCAGGCUGUGUAUCGCAGGCAGGAAGAGAGAGGGGGAAUCAUUGACCCCGAAGCUGAGAGGAACAGAUUCCUUCUCAGUCUGUCUCACCGGCCAGAUACCAGGACGGGUGAUGAGGACCGUUCGACUUCUCCUCCCGCGUCCUGCCCCCCUCCCCCCACGCCGCCUUUCUCUCCCCCCCAUCGCCCCGUCGCUGCCUCGGGGGAGGGGAGUCUCCCCUGGCGGUGCCGGGGGAGGGGGGGGGGGGGGGGAAUGAUGCACACUUUUUUGGGAAUGGCUGGGAUUGGAUCUGAUCCAGAUGACCCGUGCCAGGUCUUGGGGAGAACCGGGAUUGGACCCAGUCCGGGAUUACACCGUCCAGGAUCCAGUGAAUAA